AUGAAGGUGCUUCAGGACCUGCUUGGACCAGAUGUUUGCCCGUUGGAAGCGAGUACCUGGAGAUUCAACAUUUCUCCCGAUCCCACAACGUGUUAUUGGGAUGCGUUUGAAACUUACACAAUCCUAUUGCAAGGCGUUUUUACUCGAGAGGCGCGUGAAGAGGAGGCCAACCAUCUCAUGAUCUGGGCCAAACACAAGAUAAUAUGGACUCAUGUCAAGCUGCCGGAAAUGUUAAUCCGACUAAACAGGGAUUGGGAUGCAUGGGCUCUCAUCAGAGACUGGAACCUUGAUCAGGUACGCCGCGCGGGGAAAUACAACUCUGAAAUGUUCUUUACCUGCGCGGAAAUCGGUCCGUUAGACGAGCUCCACUCACUUUUCGAAUUCCACGCGCGCCAGCACACCGUUUUGGCGACAUUGAUCAAAAUCAAAAUACUCCUGGAUCUACAGGCUGUUGACGAAGCGCGAUUUGCAGUGGGCUGCAAGCUGCCGCAGGAGCUCCUGGCCAUCAUUUUAUCGUAUGUUCCUUCCACGGACAUCAUAGCCAAGGACCAAGACCUGGCUUAUCACGGCCAUUGGCUCAAAAUUCGCCUCUUGCAACAACAGAUCAGAUACUUGUUCAGGAGGACACUGGAGGAAUGCGGUGACACCUGGGAUUACAUUCUCCACGGCUGCUUUCCUGAAGCCCCAACCUGCAAAUGUAUAGAGGACAGAUUGAUUCCUGGAGAGAAGUGCAUUUGGGACGACGAGGCAGACGCGUACUUUCUUCGUGUACCAUGGUUGGAAGCCCCCGGAGCAUUGGACUACUUGGAAAGACUGAUUAAUGCUCCACGGAUCCUCCCAUCAAACUACGUCUCCGUGAGCCAGCUAGGAAAACGACGUCCUGAACAUAUGUCAUAA